AUGCCAAGCUGCAGCAUCAGGGUGCCACCCGCAGACGGCUUCAUAGUUACCAGAAGGCUGCCUGAAGAUCGUUCCAUUAUUCCUCCCAAUGUUGGUCAGGCUCGCUUCAGGGCCGCUGAACCUGACGGGCAGCAGACAGCGUUCCUGCGCAGGCCAGAGGAGCUGCUGGAGCACCAGCUGUGCUCCCAAUCCAGCGUCACAAUGAUCGACGCCAGCGGCACACCGAGGGUGAAGUACAUCAGGGGGCUGCGCGUGAAGACGGGCAUAUCCGUGGGCCCAGCAAAGGCCAACCCGCACGGGACCACGGGCAGGAUGGCCUACAGGGGCAAGGUCAUCAACCGCGCCGCCAGGGUGUCCAAAAUCGCCGUCGCUGGCCAGGUGCUGGUCUCGGCGUCCGUGUGGGAACAGGCCAAGGACUCCGCCAUCAUCAAACAGAGGAGGGUGAUGGCCGUUAACCUGGGACACCGAAUUCUCAAGGUAAAAGUGACACCUUUCACUAUCUUUUUCUAUUAUCUGUUGUAA